GGCAAAGUUUUACGUUCGUUAUCAUCGACGAUAUAACAAUUUGCAACAUCAUUCCGCUCCUUUUCCUGCCCCCUUUCGUUUCUAGUUUCUCUUGUUUUUUUCCUAGAAGAUGGAUUUAUGCAAUAACGUAAAUAGAAAUCAACGUACAGUAGCGAAAUAGAAAGAGAAAGAGGGGGAGAGAGAGAAGUAUUAAACGUGAGCAAUAAUAGCAGCAUGGAUGAAAAGGGCGGUUAAAAAUUGGGGUUGCUCUUCCGAAGCAAGGAGAGUGCGCUGCGGAAGCACGUGGCGGGUAUAAGAAGAGCCGCGCGUAUCGUUACUAGUCACUGUACAUCUUAUUUUAGCAGAGCUCGCAAGUGUCGCGCGUACUGUACAAUAUAUUUGCAUAGGACGAAAAGGAACGGUGGUGAGACGAUUUUUCGUAAUCGUAACAUCCCAUUAAGUGAAGAAUUAGUUUUCGAAACAGAAACUGCGGAUAGAUUUCAACAGUGAAAUACGAUACCAGUGUAAGAGGCAUGUGGUUGGUGUUCCCUAUAGUUUCUCUUUUGAUACGCGCGAUUCUCGCAAAUUCAGAAAUCGACGAUAUAGUCCUACCGGACAUAAUGGACCUGGAAAACGAAAGCAAUGAUGUACUGACCGAUAAUUAUACCGACAGACCUGGAAACGAUAUAUGGAAAGUGUGGAAAAAGACAUCGUUCGACCCUUGGAGUGGUAAACGAGCAAAAGAGUAUUCUCGAUCGAAAGUCGACUCACAAGGGAAACGAACGAAACUUACACACGAUUGGUACGAUCGAGACACACCUACGAAUGAAUUUAGCAAUGUUAAAAGAAUAACAGAAAGUGUCGAGUGGACGCCUUUUAAUAGUUGGGGUGGAAAAAGAGCAGGGAAAGUGAACAAUCGAGAUUCAAUUUUAGCAUUAACGAGAGAUCCUCAUAACCUCCACCUGAUGGCAGAAGAUGAACUCAUUGCAGGAAGAAAACUUGGCGACGAAAAACUCUCGAUCGAAAUGAAGAAUUGGUUAUCUUCUAUAUGUAACACCUGCACCAAAAAACAUUGUUGCAGUGAAAUUGAGAAGAAAACGGAGCAAAACGAACAAUAUAAGAAACCCAGAGCGUGGGGUCCAUGGCAUGGGAAAAGAAGUUUAAAAACAUAUACCUUUCGUUUUGGAAAUGAAUAUUUCACGGUACCGGUCGAUUCUAUAAAAGCCGAGAGAAACUUUUCUCCUUUCAGAAAACAUAAUUAAUCGCACACUGAUUAUUCUAUCCGAUUAGAUAAAUUCAUAGAACGUCAUAAAAUUUGUAAAGCAGUUUGGCGCGUUGAAUUCUAUUCUACUUUGUACAGUCGUAUCUUCUGUUUGGAACACAUUUAUCUGAUCAAAUUGUGCAGGAGAUUGGGAAUAAAUAAGUUCUUUAAUAUCUGUAACAUUCGAAUUUUGGAUGCGAAAUACGUCAAGUGAUAUAUGUACACAUAUGUGUUAUAUAGCAUUAUGAAUAAAUAUCUGUUUAAUCAGAAUUCCCUUGCGGAUUCUAUGUUAUGUUUAUUCUAUGUUUAUUUUAUAUAGCACACGUAUUAUUUUGACAUUUAUUCUACAUUUAUUUCAAGACUGAUGCAUAUGUAUAUUAUGCAUAUAUGCAUAUUUAUAUUAGUAACUUAUUAAAUAUUUUCGUUAAAAUUUUAAUUGGUUUUAUCGUGGACAUUACUUACCAACAAUUGGAAUUUAUGCUUCAAGAGUGACAGAUCCGCAUGUAUAGGUUAGAAAUUGAUCACUUCGUACAUUGCAUACCGUAUGACGGUACGACCGUACCAUUGCACACGAUAACAAUACAGGUUAGCCAACCUUAAGAAAAUACAGCGACAGCUUCAUUUGGUUGUGAUUCUGUGAUAGUUUAGGUUAAUUUUAAAUCGAAUAGAAUUUUAUUUCGUUUUUGUUACAGAUAAAAAUAAACGCGAAUUUGGAUAAUUCGUGAUAUUUGUAUUUGUACAUUAGUAAAUAUCGUAGAAUUGUCUAUUGCAAUCGCCUAACCUCUAACGCGUUACCGGCUUAAAGUUAAUUCUUCGAUGUAUUUUAUUAUCAUUGUAUGAAAGUCAUUAAUCUUUACGAAAAGAAAGUUGUUACUUUUGGUUCCAUAUAAAAAGGUGUUUUGAUAAUAAAGUUUUUAAACAUAUAAAACUUCCGACACAGAAAAAUAGACAUAUUUGUUAAAAUAGAAUAUUUUCCUGUCAAUUAUAAGUUUGUGCCAAUAUCAGCACUUGUUGAAUUAAUAUAAUGUAGUGUUUUUAUUUAUAUGUAUUUGUCCUUAGAUGUAGACACAUAGAUAUAGACUUUCCUUCUGUGAAAUAAUAAACAAUAUAUGUAUAUAUAGGUGCAUUAUUUUCAUCGUUCUUCCAGUAAUUGAUGUAGCAACUAUUAUAUCGUGUAGUUCAAAUUAAACAAGUAAAUCAAAUAACUUAUAUAGAUAUUUAUUCUCUUUUUUAAAUUGCCAGAGACUUGUUUCACACUUACAAAUCACAACAUAGAUAGGUCUUCAUCAUUGGGUAGAAUACUAAACGAUUACGUAUUCUAAAACUUAUUUGCAAACAAGCUGUGUUUAACAAAUAUCGUUCAUGUGAUAAAACAUGAAAGGAGGUGAGGCAUCGAUAGUAUAAAAAUAUUGUGUUGUAUAGUCAUAACAAUCACAUUGUAUUCCGAGAAAGGAAUGAACUUAAAGUAUAUUUAAUUUUAUUUGGUGGUUGAAGCGUAAAAUAUCUGUAUACAUAUAUAUCGAUGAUUUCUUUUUCCAAGAAAAAUAGAAUCUUCUAUCUACUUCUAUAUUAUUUAUGUCCGUUUUAAGUUUUUCCUAAGUCGACAUAACAGUCUCGAGAAUGUAAAAAAUAAAUUAUC